GUAAGGUCUCGCCACUUUGCAACUCUUCAACUCACAUCAUUGCUGCGAUCUUGGUGCAUGGCUAUGGCGAGUCGUAAGACAUCGCUAAGUAGUGUCGACACUGCCAUCGAGCAUGAUAAGCGCGCCUCGCGAGAGGAGAUGACACAGUCAGAUGCGAUACCACGGACAGAUACGACUAGCACUGCCGCUACUUCCUCUCCACCGGCAAACGCAGAGAAGCCUCGAAACGACCUGCGCCAGUCUUCAGAAGAGAGGUCUGACGGUUUGACGAGCAAAGACAAUUAUCUAGAAGCGGGAAAGGAGGGUCAUGUCGUCGUAGACUGGAUCGAUGGCGAGAAUGAUCCGGGUAAUCCGAGGGGAUGGUGUCACAGCAAGAAAGUAUGGGCGACUGUCAUCGUGUCUGCGUUCACCUUUACUUCGCCACUGAGUUCAUCCAUGAUGGCUCCCACAACACCUCAACUCGUCGCAAAAUUCGGUAUCACAUCGAGCGUAGUGGAGCAAAUGCUCACGUCUAUUUUCAUCCUGGGCUAUGCGUUCGGACCGUUGAUCGCUGCGCCGCUGUCGGAGAUUUUCGGCAGAGUGAUUGUGCUGCAGCUGGCGAACGCAUUCUUCUUUGUAUUCAACCUGGCAUGCUGGGGCGCGCCAAACACGGCGACUUUUAUCAUCUUUCGCUUUCUGGCAGGCUUAGGCGGAUCUGCUCCACUAGCCAUCGGCGGAGGUGUUCUAGGCGAUGUCUGGCCGCCAGCGAAGAGAGGACAAGCCGUAGCAGUAUACUCGCUGGCACCUUUGCUCGGUCCUGUGAUAGGCCCGAUCGCAGGGAGCUGGGUGCAAGAGAAGAGCUCUUACAAAUGGGUCUUCAUAUCGACAGCCGUGCUCGACAUUAUCGUCCAAGGCGCAGGCCUCUUGUUCCUGCGAGAAUCUUAUCCGCCCGUCUUGCUCGGCUGGCGAGCAGCCAAGAUGCGAAAGGAGACCGGCAACGCCGACAUUGUUACCGUGUUCGACAAGCAAGGUCGUUCGCAUGCGACAAUCAUCAAGAACGCCUUGACGAGACCCUUCCUUUUCAUUUUCACCGAAUUGAUCAUCGUGACGCUGGGCAGCUACAUGGCUCUCAUCUAUGGCACAAUCUAUCUCAUCCUCACGACAAUUUACUCAAACUUCACUGACAAGUACGGGUUCUCUCCUGGCAUCGCUGGCCUGAAUUACAUUGCCCUCGGGGUUGGCCUAACCGGCUGGUCACAAAUCCAAGCCCGCCUUAUCGAUCCAGCGUACAAACGGUUAACUAAGCGCAAUGGCGGCGUGGGCAGACCCGAAUUCAGAUUGCCCUUCCUGAUACCGUCGAGUAUAUUUCUGCCGGCCGGUCUGCUCAUCUACGGCUGGACAGCCCAGUACCGAGUCUUUUGGCUAGUACCAGACAUCGGCAUCGCUCUCGUCGGCUGCGGUAUGAUCGGAUCCUUUCAAAGCAUACAGUUGUACAUACUCGAUACUUUCGGCAUACAUGCUGCAUCGGCGCUCGCAGCCGUUGCGUUCAUGCGCUCCAUCGCUGGCUUCGCUUUGCCGCUUGCCGCACCGAAGCUGUAUGGCAACCUCGGCCUGGGCGGAGGCAACAGUCUCUUAGCAGGCAUAGCAAUCGCACUUGGCAUUCCUGCCGCUCCCUUGCUCUUCAUCUACGGCGAACGCAUCCGGAAGAUGUCAAGAUACGCGGGCGGCAGAGCAUAGCGGCUUGAGGCAAAUAUAGAUCUUAAUUACGUCUAGACACGUACCACUAGCACGCACGCAACAUGUAUGUAGUCUUGUGCACUCGAUAUUGCAUCAACAUAUGAGACACAUGAGCG